AUGAUUGACAACACACGUCGUUUGAAUUCUUUCCUACGUAAAACACGUCGUGGUCAUGUACUAAAAAUCACCCAUGAGUUGUAUUUACGUACGGAUAUUCCAUGUGGAUCACAUAUAUGUCAACAAUGUCCAACUGAUCAAUCAACUGUACUUGAUAAGCAGAUGAACAAUGGAAAUAGUCUUGUGCCGAAUGGACAUUAUCUCCUUGUUGAUACGAAUAUUGUCUUACAACAAGUUGAUCUUCUUGAAGAUCCAUUAUUUACAAAUGUGAUUGUUCCACAGAUUGUACUUGAUGAGGUUCGACAUAAAAGUUUAGCGAUAUAUAAACGAAUAAGAAGUAUCAUAGCAGUCCCAGAAAGGAAGUUUUUCGUGUUUAUUAAUGAAUUCAACAAGAACACGUUUGUUUUACGACAAACAGGUGAAUCGCCGAAUGAUCGCAAUGACCGAGCAAUUCGGAGAAUAGCGCAGUUUUACAAUGAACAUUUGAAAAGCCAAAUCUCGAUUGUCCUUCUCACCGAUGAUAUAGCAAACCGUGAUCAUGCUCGCAAUGAUGGUUUACUUGCUUUCUCUUUGAAAGAAUAUAUCUCCACAUACAAUCGUCCAGAAUUACUAGAUCGUCUAGUUUUGAAAGAAGAAUCUUUUGAUUUAGAAAAAGAUCUCGGUAAACGAAAAGAGAUCAUCUUUCCUGAACACAUACCUUUGUCCGAAGUUCAACGUGGCAUCAAAUCUGGUAAAUAUCUCCAAGGAACAUUUCAAGCAAGUCGUGAGAAUUAUCUCGAAGCAAAUGUUUUCGUGCAAGAUUCGGAGAAAUACAAUCAAUUAUUCGUUCAAGGUUAUCGAAAUUUAAAUCGUGCUGUGCAUGAUGAUGUUGUUGCUGUUGAAGUUCUAUCUGAACAAGAAUGGGCUACACCGUUUAGUUUAGUUAUCGAUGAUAAAGACGAUGAUCAGGGUGAUUUGGUUAUUGAACAAGAAGAAACAGGUUUAGUUGUUCCUGGGAUAUCGUCGAAGAAAACUGCGUCUUGUCGUGUUGUUGCAAUAAUUAAACGAAAUUGGAGACAAUAUUGUGGUAUUUUACAAGAGUCAUUACCUGGCGCGAAAUUUCAUUUAUUUCUUCCACAUGAACGACGUAUUCCUAAGAUUCGUAUUGAAAGUCGUCAAGCAGAAGAAUUGAAGAAUAGCCGAGUGAUGGUACAAAUCGAUCAUUGGCCGCGCUUAUCCCGUUAUCCACAUGGUCAUUUUAUCAAAACACUUGGCAAACUUGGUGACAAAGAAACAGAAAAUGAAGUUAUCCUAGCCGAGAAUGACAUCCUUCAUCAUGAAUUUCCCGAAGCUGUACUUGAUUGUUUACCUAAAUUACCUUGGAUAAUCACUGAAGAAGAUCUAGCUAGUCGCGUUGAUCUACGCGAGUUUUGUAUCUGUAGUAUUGAUCCACCUGGUUGUACUGAUAUUGACGAUGCUCUGCAUUGUCGUCUGCUGGAAAAUGGCAACUACGAAUGUGGUGUUCAUAUAGCCGAUGUCACACAUUUUGUACGACCCAACACGGCGAUAGAUCUAGAAGCUCGUGAACGUGGUACAACAGUUUAUCUAACAGAUCGACGUAUUGAUAUGUUGCCAGUGUUACUCAGUGGAAAUCUUUGUUCACUACGUGGCGGCGAAGAACGUUUUGCAUUUUCUGUUCGUUGGGAAAUGACCCCAGAUGCUAAAAUAGUAAACACAAAAUUUCAUAAAUCCAUCAUCAAAAGUCGAGCUGCUAUGACAUACGAACAAGCUCAAGCCAUCAAAGACGAUGCCGGUAUCAAUGACGAAAUAGCUAAGAGCUUACGACGUUUGCAUUCGAUUGCCGCACAAUUACGUCAAAAACGUAUGGACAAAGGUGCACUAGUACUCGAAUCAUCCGAAGUUCGAUUUCAACUCGAUACGGAAACACACGAUCCAUUAAGUGUUAUGAACAAAGAAUUAAGAGAGACCAAUUGGCUCGUGGAAGAAUUUAUGCUUUUAGCGAAUAUUAGUGUUGCUGAAAAGAUCUAUGAAUUGUUUCCUGACUGUGCAUGUUUACGUAAACAUCCUGCACCGCCAAUCUCUAAUUUCGAUCCACUUGUUAAAGCUGCGGAAACAAAAGGUUGUCAAAUUAGAGCAAAUACGGGCAAAGAGUUAGCUGAUUCACUUGAUCAAGCUGUCCUACCGGCUCAUCCGUAUUUUAAUACAAUGCUUCGAAUGCUUGCAACACGUUGUAUGAUGCAAGCCGUUUACUUUUGCAGCGGAUUCGAAUCUGACAUCAAAAGUUUUGAACAUUAUGGUUUAGCAACACCUAUCUACACGCACUUUACUUCACCUAUUCGACGAUACGCUGAUGUUCUUGUUCAUCGAUUAUUAGCUGCUGGUAUUCAAGCUGACGCCACAUUUCCUGAUCUAUUGAAUAAACGUGUAUUGCAACAAGUAUGCAAUAAUCUGAAUUAUCGUCAUCGAAUGGCGCAAUAUGCAGCACGAGCGUCAGUUGAUUUACAUACUCAACUAUUUUUCAAAAAUAUGCAUACAGAUGAAGAUGGUUACGUGUUUGCUGUACGAAAAAAUGCGUUACAAAUUUUACUUCCUCGUUACGGUUUAGAAACCACGUUGUUUCUUCGAGAUAAGGAUGGUAAAUCAGUCGGAGAAUUCAAUGAAGAAGAAGCGACACAAACAAUUAAUAAUAUUACUAUUCAUAUGUUUGAUCCAGUGACUGUCCAGAUAAGUGUAGACAGUAAUAAUGUUCAACGACAGCGUAUCCAAAUUCAUUUGGUUAAGCCAGCUAUAGAAGGUUUUAGUGUUCCACCUAUGCCUAAGAAUAAAACAAGCAUAGACGAAGUAGAUAGCGCUCUAACAGCACCGGUGAAGCGUUUGAAAGUAAAAUCAUCGAAGUAA